AUGCUGAGGACCUGUUUAGUGGGCGCGUUGGGUGUGGCCAGUGGUGUGGCCGUCGAGAAGUACCGGCGAGAGUACAGCCAAUCAUCGCUUCCAACAGUAUUUGCCGCCAAAACUAUAGACCCGACGGCUGCGGGACCGCCGGCAGUGGUGGACAACAUCCCCGGCAAAGCCGUCGCCACCACCGGAGACAUCACCCAAUGGUUACCGCCGAAGAGCGGUGGCGGCCGCAUAGAGCAAAUAGCUCGGCACGGCUUCCCAUCGUUGGACACAAUCCGCUCGUUUGACAACUUUGUCCUGUCGUACGAUCGCCGCAAUCGUACCGCAAUUGGGUGUUAG